AUGAACAAUCCCAUAGCACAACUGAAUAAAAUCUUUGACAGCCGCAUACGCAUCGGUAUUAUGAGCGCAUUGAUGGUGGGGGAAGAUAUCAGCUUUAACGACCUUAAAGGCGUUAUUGACGUGACCGAUGGUAACCUGGCUUCGCAUCUGAAAACACUGGAGGAAAGCGGGUUUAUCAAGGUGCAGAAGGGAUUCAUUGGCCGCAAAACAAACACUACUUAUUCCGUGACGAAAGCCGGUGAAAAGGCCUUCCGCAGUCACCUCGAUGCCCUGGAGCAGAUCAUUAAAAAUCUGAAUGGAUAA